CAUAGACACCAUGGACAUACUUUUUAGAAUAAGAGGAGGCUUGGAUUUUGCAUUUCAAUUAGCCACUACUGAUGACUCGUCGACAAAAGAGGCACUCAAAUACAUUUUCAAGGAUCUUUCAGCUAAACUGGCUUCUGACGUGCUGGUAUUCAGGAUUUGUCAUAGCUCAGUAUAUUUGUGGCCAAAUAGUGGGAUGAACUCCAUGGCAACUGAGCUUUCAGAUGACUCUGCCUGCAAGGAGAUACUACAGUUUAUUCAAUUUGAACAAGAGGGCACCAAGCAGAGAUUUUCAAAAAAGAAAGAUAAAAAGUUACGAGAGAUGCCAUCAAUAGUAAAUAUUGAUCUCAUGUUGGAAAUUACAACCUCAUUAGAGCCUUUGGCUCCAGUAAUUGAAAAGGAAAGCAAAGAGCAUCACUAUAUUAGCAUGACAUUACCAGUUGAUGUUGUGGUCUCUAUUUCUCCUGAAGAAACAUGGCGCAAUGUAAGAAGCCUCCUAGUGAAUGCAAUUCACACGCAGCUAGCAGAUAUGGAAAGAUGCAUUUUGCAACAUAUGAAAGGAACAUCAGUUGUGGUGCCUGAACAAUUUCAUUUCAUGUUACCAGGAAAAAAGCAUCUAGUAACAGUUUCGUUUCCUACAGGCAUUUCUGAUGAUCAGCUGGAGACUUACCGAAAGGAAUUACAUGGACAAUUUAAUCUACCGCUUGAUAGGCCUUAUUUCCGAAGAGCUAAUGCCUAUCACUUUCCUGAUGAAUCUUUUAAAGAUGGUUAUCUCAGAAACCCACAUCUACAUCUCAAUCCACCUGGAAUAGAGUCUGGUAUGGUGAGUUUCCUUUCUUUAUUUGCUUGUUCUAAUAUCAAGUCUAAUGGCUGUACUUCCUGCUUGCCCCUGCACUGAGGACAGCCCAGCAAUCUUUGGAGAAGGGUAAAUGAAUGAUGCCAUUGGCUGCUGGGAUGGGGACCUCCACCCACCCAAAGUAGCAUUUUCCCGUUCCAGAACAGCCCAACUUACCCGCUGCCUUUUAUUACAUCCAAAAAAAUAUUUCUGUUCCAUUUGGUGGUUGCUGCUCUGGCAGGUAUAUGCACCACCCAAUCCCCACCUUUGAUAGCUAUUGUACUGGACUGCUGAUUGUGAAAUGCUGCACCUUUGAUGGGUUGGGAAAAUUUCUUAGUACUGCGAUUUGUGAAAUACAGUUUCUUAUUU